UAAUGAAGGGCAGCCUGUGCUGCCUCGCCGUCCUGGGCAACAGCAAACUUAUCUAAGAAUUCAGGUCAGAAACACCCCGUUUCCUAGCAACACUGGGAUAGCGGUGGCUUUCGUUCAGACGGAAUCAUCCAGUGGCAGAAAUGGGAUCAUUUGGUGGAGCGCUCAAGGCAAUGUGAACUGUACACUGUUCGUGGCAGCUUUGUCUGCUAAACUGCCCGGGAACCGUAAGGAGCUUUAGCAAUGUGCAUUCACUUUCACAUUUGAGAAGUUGUUGUCACUUCGGAACCGUGUCGAGUACAGAACGUUGAUCGUCCACUAUAUUGCUUUCAGCUGGCGAGCAGAUGAGGGGGAUUGCGUUUUGUUUUGGAAAAAAAAAGGUGCCUCGUGUGGUGCAUGGAGCUAAAUUAAAGUUACAGCAACAGAAUCUGUGAGAACAUCAUCAUGGCUACAGGUUUAACCGACAGCAAGAUACAUGAAACUGAAAGCCCUAGUGACGAUGGCUCAGGGAAGAAGAAGUCAAAAUUCAAAUCCUUCAAGAAGCUGUUUGUUAAAAAGAAAAAAAAAGAGUUCAUAGUCAACGCGACGAAGACCUCCCUGAAGCAGAGCCAGUCGACGAGUGAUGUCACGAGUCCAGCCUCUUGCACUCCAGACCUUGGGAAUGAUCAGGGUGCUUACAAAAGUAUCAUGGGAAUCAGAGCACUGUCACACGACAGCAUCUUCAUCCCAGACACAUCUGUGCAACAACCUGUUAAGCCUGUACGAGUGUUUUCUCAGGAGAGUGUCUCUGGACCUAUCAAAGCUUUACAGCUAAAGGUACAAGACAACAUUAAACUGGGACCACCUCCAAUGUCGAUUCCAGCAAAGAAGACAGAAGAUACUGGUGCUAGUUCUGAAGAUGAUGGAUUACCACGGAGCCCUCAAGAAAGCUCCCCUCUACAUGAAAUCUUAACACGCAGCUAUUUAGCUAAGUAUUCUGACCCUUACAAGAAUCAUAGCUCCUUGACUUUAGGUGGGACAGGCAGCGAAGAAGAAGAGCAGAUUUCUCCAGGAUCUUCCUCUAGGCCUAACAGUCCCCUCUCCGCGAUCAUUCCAACAAGGUCAAGCUCAAGAUCUUGGAGUCCGACAUCACCACCAGUUCAGAUCUCUUCGUCUGACAGCUUUGUUUCUCCUGCUAUUGAUUUUAACUCUCCACCUACAUUCCCCAUUUGUCUCGAUAAUUCAGCAGCGAGGCACAAACUGUCAGUGAAACCACGCAAUCAACGCUCUUCCUCUAAAAGAAGGAGACCUCCUUUGCGAUUACUCUCUGAGGGACCAAGUGAGUUCAUGUACAAUGUACCUGAGCUAAUGGAGGAAAAUGAACAAGAAGUCAGUAACUACAAUGCUGAGAAUGCCAAUUCGGAAAUAAGUUUGAAAGAUAGAACGGAAAUUCCAUCAACGAUUCUCACUCAGGGACAAUCUCUGUUACUUACUGAGCCUACAAUAGUUCGGUCAAGUAGCACAGAAGUGGAUGAUUACUCAGAACAAGGAAUGGAUGAGCUUAUCCACAUAGAUAUUGCCACCUCACCUGUUGUUUUGGAUGUCAGCGAUCUGCUAAAAGCAACCUCUGUACCUGCUGUUCUAUCAGAAACUGAAGAAGAUGUCAAUCUGAUGGAAUUUGAAAUAGUGGAAGUGGCUGCUACACAAAUCCCUAUGUUACCAGGGUCGACAAUUGCAUUGUCCGAAGAUCCAACUCAAAUUGAUUUUAUUGACCCAUUAAAACAAGAGGAGGAAAUAAAUCUUUCGGGAUCUGAAAUGAAGUCCACAGCAUAUGACACCCAUGCUGUUUCUAUCGAUACCUCCUUUGCUAAAGAGACUGUAUAUCAACCAAGCACUGUUAUUCCAUCAGACAUGUUGACACUGGACUCUGAGAAACCGCUUUCAAAUGCCCCCAUAGGGACAGAAAUCAAUGAAGUAGAAUUUGUGCAAGAAACUCCAGAAACAUCCUGUAAACAAAUAAAAGUGGCAGCGACAUCAGAUGAACCUUCUUUUUCAGAAGCUUGUUCAAUCAGACUGGCAGCAAAAGAACUCUCAGAUCACAAAGACAGGUCUAAUGAAGUGCCUGAAGAAUUCAGCAGUAUUGCAUCGACUUGUACUGAGGUGCAUUCCCAACCUGCAGAAACUUCUCAAGCAUCCGAGGACCUGCCUGUUUCGGAAACUGUUAAUAGCGGACUGGAAAAUUUGGAAAUAACAGGAUUUAAGGAAGUGAACGUUAAAAUAUCGGAAGACAAAACAAUAAGCCAAGAGAAUUCAUUUAAGAAAAAUAAUCAGGGCUCCUUCAAAUUCUCAAUUUCCUCAGCAUGGAACAGGUCUAAAAGAGACACCAAGAAAUGGAACGAAGGUGAACUGACAGCAGAUUCAGACAUUUCGCAUAACAAAUUCCCUCAGAAAGCCAGUGCAUUGCCUGGAAAAGAGAAAAAAGAAAAAGAUGUAGAAAUACCACUUUCCGAACCUUCAGUCGCUAAAAUCGAUGCACAUAAACCAGAAAAGACAGAGGAAGCACAAGGCAAAGUUGACGAUGGAAGAGGACUGUUUGGUGUUAAACUCCGCAGUACUUCCCAUUCUCUAAAAUACAAAGAGAGUUCUCACUCCGAACAUAAAGAAACAGUAAAACGCCACAGUGCUGAUGCCACUUUGGAUUCGGGUGGUUCAGCUUUGCAACCCAAGGCUGAGAAGAUGGAAGUCAAGAAGCCACUUGAAGUAUCCCUUGGCGACACAUUAAAGGAUGAUGGGAAACUGAAAACUAAAUCCUCAGAAAGCCUUGCUGUGAAGCCACCCUUACCUAAAAAACCUGUCCUACAAAGUGUGAGCACUACAACAACAGCCACAGAGAAACCGAACAAGCCAGUCAAACCUAAUCAGGAAAAACUGAAAGACACAGAGAAAAAAUCAAGUGUCAGUAAAAACUCUGAAAGGGGGCUACUUUUUGAAAAGCAUACCCAAGACAACGGGUCAUCCAUUGAAGGCUGUUCUGUACCAGCUUGGGUCACCAUGGCCAGGCAGAAGCAGAAGGGGUAUCAUGUGCAGCAUUACAGCAAAGAAGAUAAAAUGCCAGCCCAGGAAGCCAAAGCUAUUGCCAACAGGAAAGCAAUGGACAAGGAGACCUUAAAGUCACCAACUGACCUCAAAAGCGGUCACCUUAAGCCGUUGUCUUCUUGCAAAGCUCAAGACUGCAAACUGGAACUAAAGUCAAGUGUGGCAGAGCCUCAACAGAGAGUUUCUCCCAUUCCCAGUCCUGUGACAGUAAAUAAGCAUUCAUUGGCAACGCCACAGAAUACCAGUGACAAAGAUGGAAGAGAUCAAUAUGGCAAAGAUAAAACUUCUCCUUCAUCCAGUCAGCCAUCAUGGAUGGAACUUGCCAAAAAAAAGGCAAAAGCUUGGAGUGACAUGCCGCAGAUAAUCAAGUAGACUGCCACGUGGAACCUCGAAGUUUUACCUGGGACCCCCAUAGCUGCUAGUUUUUGGGCAUACAUUAGACUGUCCAUAAUGUUGACUGACAAUGAGUUAGAAUCCUGUGUUGAUGAAAUGUAACUCAACUUAACAUCCUGUUGUUUUUGGUUAAAAAACAAGAAUAGCACUUUCCUCAGACUGCUGCAUCUCGUGUGUGACAGCACCGGAUUCUGAUGAGGGGGUAAGCGUGGUGGUGAUCAGACAAUAAGUGCAAUACAGAUUCCAGAGUGCAUGUAAUGGGCUUCUUGUCAUGUUCCAGAUCUACCUGAUUGGGACAGUGUGGGACGCAAGUGUCAAUUUUCUUUUUAUAUCUCCUAGUAUGUGGCCAUAGUUAAAGCAUUGUUCUCGUUAUUAACUUGCUUCAUUUGUUUAGGGCACAGGAGGUGCUGUAUGUUAGGGUGCAGUGUAUGUUCAACAAAACUGAGAGGGGGAGAGAAUGUUGGCGCCUUCUGUCAAAAACACUUAUUUCAGAUACAUUUAAAUUCAAUUCAUCCAUGAGCGUUUUUGCUGAGAGAACUUCUAAGAGUUCUGCAGCAUUGGAAAAAAGCAUGUUUUGGAUCACGUAUAAAAAGUUUAUGUUUGUAUGCUUUUCAAGUUUUGCUAAAUCUUUGUAAUGACUUAUCACUCUGCAUUAUAGUUCCACUAUUGUUGAAACAAAAUUAUAAAAUGACACACUAAAAUGUGGGAAAUAUAUAUACACACACACAUUAGUUAAUAUUUUAUCAGAUGUGUCUAGUGAUGGAUGUAAUUUGUGCUUGGGUUUGCUUAGCAUUUCACAUUUUGGGUUUAACAUCAACACUGGUUGUACUUAUUUCUGCCUCAAACAAAUCAUGCAAGGCAGGAUUUUGAUUGCAUUGGGGCGGAGGUGCUGUUUUGUUAGAUCCGCAAAUCAGCUGAGUUUUUUUAUCAGCUCUCAAAUCUUGCUGCAGCUGCUGCUCUUCUCAGUGGUGUUGCUUAAUGUCAGGAUGUCCCAAUUGAAACGGGAUAUUUAGGAUGUGUGGAUCAACGGGACUUUCAGUGGCUGGGAACAUAAGAAUCACUAGAUGAGAGAAAAAAAAAACAAGACACUGUUCAUCUCAGUAAUCAGAUGAUACAAAGAUAACAGAAUUAUUAACUAUCAGUUAGUCUACAACAGACCCAGACAUGAAAUGAGGAAAGUCCCCAGGGGUGGCAAGCUUUGGGAACCGUAACCUAAAGUUACCUGUUCCUCCCAAGCAUGUUACACUUAUUGCGUAUCAUGUGGUUAAUAAAGUACCCAACUAAUUGUCUAUGAAAUCAUUGGCACCGUUAUUAACUAUUAGCAGGUGCCUGACAUCCUAUUUUGUAAGGCCACAGUUGAACUCGUACAGUGUUACUCCCUAGCUGCAAGAGAAUGUGCACAUAUAUUAAUAACGGAAUUCAUAACAGGAGGAGUGUGGUCAUUUGCAUAGGAAAAUGUGUAAAACAUUUUCCAAGAAUCUUGUAUCAUAGCAAACUAAUUAUAUUGUCCAUGCCUGCAUUUAAAUAAUUGUAACAAUGCAAAUUGCACUAUAUGUUUUAAUCUUCAAUUACUUCAUCAUAUUCAUAUGUAGUGAGAACUUUAGUAUGUCAAUAUGUACCUGCCAAACUAUUUUCCUAAAUUGCCAGAAGUUAACUCUCACUGUGAUACAGUUAUGUUUGGUACAAAGAGUUAAAUUGUUUUGGAACAAAUCAUAGUCAACAUGCACUUUCAAGAAGUGCUAAAACCAUGUAUCUUUAGUUAAUAGAUUCAGAUCUUACAUAGCAGUUUCACUCCAUACACUCCAUUGCUAAGAAUGCAACUUUUAAUAGUUUACAUUAUACUAAUGCAUUAAGCAGUGGAAGUUCACUGUUCUGUCGAUCACAAAUUGAGUUUAGUAGCUUCCUUUCCUUACUCAACUUUUCCACUGAUUUACAUUUAUAUUUAUGCCCGUUGGUACGCACAUGUGUGUACCUGUGUAUAUAUUUAGAGCGCUGUGUAUAGCAUCAUGCACAGUAUCUGAUUCUGUUGUCAUGCCAUGUAACGUGCAGAAUGAGUGUUUGAAUUACUUUAGUCAGCUAUUUGUGUGAGUGAAUUACUAUUGAGAAAGUUUGAAUGCUCAUAAUGCACUCCAGGGACAUGUUUCUUUACUGUUUCUCCACUCUUAAAUGAAGAAGUGUACGUCUUCCAGAGUGAAUAUUAUUAAGGAGGUUAUAGUAUGAAAAAUAGAAGCUUUUUUCCCCUUUUUAUGAGAGAGGAGUCAAUGUUAAAAAUUUCUGUUGCAUUUUUACAUUACAUAGGAAUGCACAGAAUUGCUAAAGACUAGUAUAGUCCAAGUGACUGGUCCCAAAGUUCAAAACAUAAUAUACUAUAUACUCUCUUUGCCUAUACAGUGCUGCAUUGUUGUCAUGAGGCUCACCUAUCAUGGAAAUGGUGGAUCAAUGGCAGAAUCACAUAAUAUGUCAGGGCAUCGGUUCAGAGUGCUAUAGAGAGGUGGGAUGGGGGAUCUCAUCCCCCACUUAUAGUCCAGGAUUUUCCAGUCCCACCCACAGCAGGAACCGCCGUGGGCAGGAAUAUAACAUUUGAGAGCUGGCCAAAAGUCCAUUGGCUUGUGGGACUGGAAAAAUCUUGAUGGUGUUACCUGCAUAGCCACAGGGCAGUCCUAAGCUGAAGCCAGGUACAUUUCCAUGGGCAAAUAAACAAAAAUAAUCAAUAGUGGAUUUAUCUGAAAACUGGCCUCCCACACCUCAUAGCAACUGAUUCAGAGUCACAUUGGCAAAGAGGCCCGGUAAUGGAGCAUCCACCUAACUCCAGGCUGCGUUUGGUGCAGGAUCUAGAGAGACCAAUGAAGAUAAAUUGGGAGAAUAACAGGGAGAGUUUCCUAUUUUUAAAAAGUAUACUUUUAAAAUAAGUGCGUGCAAUAUUGGAGACCAAACACAUUGCGAAUGGUUUAAUGGAAAAUUGUGGGUAGUGAAGUGAUUUUCAAAUCGACUGAGGCCCUUCCAUUGAUGAGCUAUUCCAGACAAUUUUACCCUUGAUAUGUUCAUAUGAUGUUUCUCUGCCUGCUAAUUUAAUGGACACCCCAUCCCAUUCAAAAUAAACAGGUGGACACCUCAGUUACAACAGCAGAUGGUGAAAUAUUGUGCAAAUGUAUUACGGGUCUGAGCACUAAUAUGGCAACAGCAAUUUCCAAGUCUGUUUAAUCCCCACACCUGCAAAUGUAACCCUGAACUCACACUGGUUCACAUAGAUUGCGCCCUUAGUUUAUAAAGACCUGCAUGAAGUUACUAUUUAUGCACUGAAUUUUACAGUGCAUUCUAGAAGGGAUAGUAAAUCCAUUCAGGAAUUAAUCUAGUUUACUCAAUAGUGUCCCAUAGUGUUUGUUCUAAAAUCCUGUAAUGACAAACCUGUUAGAUGCUGUGGGAUUUGUGAAUAGGUGACUUGCUAGGGGUGUGUGUUUUGAAUAUUUGAUGUUUUUACGUUCACUUAACUUUGCCAAUUAGAUGUCAGCAAAGCUGGUACAGCUUAAAGGUCUCCAAUCUGAUGAGCUUGAACCUAAUACUACUGUGUGAUGCACCAGACUGUUAAACAGCCUUACCUUUGUGUUGCUAAAUUUAUACUACCUCUCCCUACUUUUAUAUUGUUAGAACUUCCUACUUGUUAAUUCAUGAUGGAAAUUAAAGGAUUAUUUUUUACU